AUGCCCAAAGAUCAAGUUGACCCGCGUGUUGGUGCACAGCCAGAUCUGCAGCAUGGCGAGGUCUUGGCUCAAGACCUGGACAAUGAAAAACUGUCUUUCAAAUAUGUCUGGAAGCACAGAAGAGUACUUGGAUGGUGCCACUUCAUCUUCCUUCUCCCCGUCAACUUUGGCUACGACUCCAGCACCAUUGGUAAUCUCCUCGCCGUUACACCGUUCCUGAAACGCUUUGGUCGCGAAGUCGACGGCCAACUUCUGGUAUCUGCCAACGACCAGCAGACUGUAAACGCUGCCGAUACCGUCGGCUCCUUCCUCUCUGCAUUUGCUGCAGGUUUCGUUUCCGAUCACAUUGGCCGUAAAUGGACCAUUGGCAUUGGUUGUCUGUUUUGCGUUGCUGGAAUCGUGGUUCAGUAUUUCAGCACCUCGAUUGUCCAGCUCUUCGGCGGCAAGCUGUUGGGCACCUUUGGGUAUGGCCUCGGCCACGCACUUGGCCCGGUCUUUGUGGCCGAGUUGGCCCCCAAUCAAAUGCGAGGGCCGUGUCUGGCUCUAAUUAUCACCAUGAUCGUCGUAGGUCAAUGGCUCCAUGGAGCCGCUUGCUACGCAGCUUCAUUAUCCUUCUCGGGCGACAGGGCUUGGCGUGUGCCCAUCAUCUCUCAGCUCAUCCCCCCUUGCAUCUUGCUUCUUGGUUUGCCCUUCCUUGCCGAGUCACCAGCUUGGUUGAUCCUGAAAGGGCGACACGCAGAAGCCAGGAAGUCGCUACGACGUUUCCAUGGUCCUGAUAUAGACGUCGAUACCGCCAUGGCUUUCGCUGUUUCUGCGGUAGAGGCCGAGCGAGAAGUGGGGAAAUCGAGCUCAUCGUAUCUUCAAUGCUUCAAAGGCACUGAUGGCGGCAGGACAUUAAUCAUCUACAUGACCUAUAUCGCACAGCAGCUUACCGGCAUCAAUUUCAUCGCCGGAUAUCUCACUUAUUAUUUCCGCCUCGCGGGCGUCAAUAAUCCCUUAGGGACCGUACAGAUUGCCUUCGGUACACAGCUGUUUGGUAACCUUUGCGCUCUGGUAAUUGUUGACCGUGUUGGCCGACGACCGCUUCUGGUCGGAGGCACCGUCUUCAUGACCGUUGUUCUACUUGUCAUCGGUGGCAUCAGUAUGAUGAGCACUCAAUCAGCCCUCACCGGCACAGUGGCACUAAUGGUCGUCUGGGGUUAUUUGUACCAAGCUACCUUGGGCGCAGUCGCGUUUGUCAUAGGUGCGGAAACUCCCAGUAUGGCGCUCCGCCAGAAGACAUAUUCCAUCAAAAUGAUGUCCGCUGGAGCUUCUUCAUGCCUGAUUCUUCAAAUUAUGCCGUACCUGCUCAAUCCGGACCAAGCAGAUCUCGGAGGCAAGAUUUGCUUUGUUUUCUUCGCAAUGGCGGUGCCUGUCUGCAUUUACUUUUAUUUCUGCCUGCCUGAAAUGAAAGGACGAUCCUACGUUGAGAUUGAAGAAAUGUUCCAGAAACGAGUUGCGGCACGCAAGUUUAAGAGCUACGUGCGCGAGGCGGUUAGUCGAGGACUGAAGAUGUGGAGGCUUAAACGAUAG